AUGAGCAACGUUAUAAGAAAGUUUGGAGAGCUACUUCGGGUAAAGGGACAAGAUCGGAAGGGAAGAGACACUGAAGAUAAAAAUGGUGGGAUACUGUACAAGGAGGAAGAAGAAAGAAAGAAAGAGAUGCGGAAGGCAUGUGGAGGAAAGGAGAAAAUACAUCUAACCACUUUAAUGGAUGAUGAGAUACAAGAAAAUCGAGCACCAAGAAAUACACAGAAUACAGAAUGCUCUUCCUCCAUUGACUUGCUUCUAAUUGGUGGUGGUGGUGGUGGUGGUGGUGGUGGUGGUUGUUGUUGUUUGCGGGUCUGCAAUGUGCCGCAGGUGCUCCGCAUCAACAAGCAGUCUAUGGACGUGACGGCGACCGGGCAAGUGAUCAGCCUCAUGUCCAACGACGUGGCGCGCUUCGAUGUGGCGUCCACGUACGCCAACUGGCUGUGGAUCUCGUUCCUGCAGCUGGGCCUCGUCACCUACUGCUUGUACCGCUCCGUGUCCUGGGCGGCCUUUGCCGGCGUCGUCUACAUCACUGUCAUGACGGUGCCUCCACAGAUGUACAUGGGGAGACUGUCAGCGCGAUUCCGUAAGCGAGUGGCCGUCCGCACUGACGAGAGGAUGAGGAUGAUGAACGAGCUGGUGCAGGGCAUACAGGUGGUCAAGAUGUACGCCUGGGAGAAGCCCUUCGCCAAGCUCGUGGCCAUGGCCAGGAAGUCCGAAAUCCACAAGCUGCUGCACACAGCUUACCUUAAGAGCUUCCUGCACGCGUCGGCCGUCUUUAUAGAGCGCUCCUCCCUGCUGGUGACGCUGCUCGCUUACUUCCUGGCUGGAAAAAUCGCCGGCCCCGACCAGAUAUUCUCAAUGGCUCAAUACUUCAGCGUGCUCAACUUGUCACUGGCCAUCAUGUUCCCAUUCGCUAUAGCCCAUGUUAAGGAAGCGGGAGUGUCCGUCCAGCGCAUCGAAGAGUUCCUUCUGAAGCCAGAGGCGACAGUGGCGGACAGGGCGCAGGGAGCCGCCGCCGGGGAGGUGAGCCUGCAGCACGUGUCGGCCACGUGGGACGGCGACCACCCUGCGCUCUCCGGCAUAGGCCUCAGCCUCCGUCCGGGCCUGCUGUGCGCCGUCGUGGGGCCUGUCGGCUGCGGGAAGACCUCCCUGUUAUACCUACUGAUAAACGAGUUGUCUCCGUCGUCUGGAAGCCUGAGGAUUGGUGGGAAGGUGUCGUACGCGAGCCAGGAGCCGUGGGUAUUCGUGGGCAGCGUGCGGCAGAACAUCCUGUUCGGACAGCCGUACGACCGGAAGAAGUACCAAUGCGUGGUGGAGGUGUGCGCCCUGUCCAAGGACUUUGAGCUGCUGACGUACGGCGACCAGACGCUGGUGGGCGAGAAGGGCAUCACCCUCAGCGGCGGACAGAGGGCCAGGGUCAACCUAGGCAGAGCCGUGUAUCGUGAUGCAGAUAUUUAUCUGCUGGAUGACCCCUUGUCCGCUGUUGACACACACGUCGGGAGACAUCUGUUUGAUGAAUGCAUCAACUCAUAUCUGAGUGGCAAGACAAGAAUUUUGGUCACUCAUCAACUCCAAUAUCUCCAUGGCGCCGAUAAUAUAGUGGUACUGAACAAGGGAAAGAUAGAACAUAAAGGAACUUUCCAGGAGAUUCUCCAAAGCGGCGUUAGCUUUUCCAAACUGAUAUCUAGUGAAGAAGAGAGAGCAGAGUUGAACGAAUUUGGCAUCUCACGAACGAAAAGCGGAAGAAAUUCGCUUCAGGAUGAGCACAACAAGCUAAGACGAUCGAAGCGUGUUGGAUCACAAAAGAGUAACGUGCACGUCCUCGAGAGGCAAAUUUCCCAGUUGACUGAAGUGAACGUAAUUAUGGACGAGACUGGAAAGCUACGUAGAGAUCCGGCGGAGCAGGACAACAGCGAAAAGGUGCUGGACACGGAGAUCACGUGGUCGACCGUCUGGCAGUACUACGGGGCGGCCGGGGGCGUGGGGCUGGUGCUCUCUAUGGCCGCCCUGCUGCUCAUAUCGCAGGUCAUCACCAGCGCCUCCGAUUACGUCGUAACCUACUGGUCUAGUACGGAGGUGCUGAGGACGUCCCUGCAGCUGCAGCUGGAACAGGCCGGCGGCGGCAACCACACGCUGUCUGUGGAGCUGGCGUCGCUGCCCCCCAGCGAGUUCUUCCUGGAGCUGUACGGCGGCCUCGUGCUGAUCUGCAUCCUGCUUUCACAGGUCCGGUCCGUGGCCUUCUUCAACAUGUGCAUGAGGGCGUCGCGAAACCUGCACAACGCCAUGUUCAACUGCAUACUGAGGGCCCCUAUGCGUUUCUUCGACACGAACCCCUCUGGCAGAAUACUCAAUAGAUUUUCUAAGGAUAUGGGAUCCAUCGACGAAAUGCUGCCACAGUUUAAAAUUAGUAUGAUUCAGAUUUACCUGGUCCUCUGUGGAAUUAUAGCCAUGGUACUCGUUGUAAAUUACGUUCUAGUCGUACCGAUGGCCCUUAUUGGAGCACUGUUCGUGUAUGUGUCUAGACUUUUCAUGAUGACAACAACAAGCAUCAAGAGACUUGAGGGUAUCCGUUCAUUCGGUGGUUCUGGUGUGGGUUUGGCCAUAUCACAGUCACUCAUUCUGACGUGCAUGCUCCAGCAUGGGACUCUGCAGAUGACUGAGGUGGUCAGCCAGAUGACAUCAGUGGAGAGAGUGCUUGAGUACACCAAAAUACCACAUGAAGCUGCUCUGGAAUCUGCACCAGAUAAGAAGCCACCAGCUGCUUGGCCACAGCAAGGGCAAAUCGUCUUCCAGAAGUUGUAUCUCAAGUACGGCCCAACGGAUCCUCCAGUUCUCAGGAACCUCAAUUUCUCCAUACAAGCGAUGCAUAAGGUUGGCAUCGUUGGCAGAACAGGUGCUGGCAAGUCAUCACUAAUUUCCGCACUCUUCCGGCUUGCACGGACAGAGGGUGCCAUUGAGAUUGACGGAGUCGACGUGAAUAGUCUGGGUCUGCACGAUCUGAGGAGGCACAUCUCCAUCAUCCCUCAGGAGCCUGUCCUCUUCUCUGAGACUCUCCGCUUUAAUCUCGACCCGUUCUCGGAAUUUGACGAUGAGAAACUCUGGGACGCACUUGAAGAGGUGGAGCUCAAAUCCGGUAUACAGACGCUGGACUUCCAGGUGACGGAGGGCGGCAGUAACUUCAGCGUGGGCCAGAGGCAGCUGCUGUGUCUGGCGAGGGCCAUACUCAGGAACAACAGGAUCCUGGUGCUCGACGAGGCCACCGCCAACGUCGAUCCUGGGACAGACGCACUGAUUCAGGCAACAAUUCGGCGAAAAUUCAAAGACUGUACAGUGCUGACCAUAGCUCACAGGCUGAAUACCAUUAUGGACUCUGACAAGGUGCUCGUUAUGGAUGCUGGAACUAUGAUGGAAUAUGACCAUCCUCAUAUUCUGCUGAAAAACCCUAAUGGAUUCCUGACAAAACUAGUGGAGGAGACGGGUCAGGCAAUGGCAGAACAAUUAAGAAAUGUAGCAAAACAGAGCUAUGAGGAGUUACAUGGGUUAAAAAAAGAACAAAUCACGAAGCUAUGAUCAUUGAAGGGAAUACGUUCUACGUGCUUAUCUGAC